AUGGAUCUGAAAUUUAACGAAAUCUUUAAAGAGUCUGACCAUCCAGCUCUCCAAAAGAGACUCGACCCUUCCGCCUCAAAACAAGAUCAUUCUUCCCAAAAUCCAAGCGACAUGGCUUUGGAUCUUUGGAAAAUGAUGUCCAAGGCCAAGUCAGACAUACAAAAUGGACGUCGCGUCGAAAACUUGUCUUGGCGUCUUAUGUCUAUUAAUUUGCAAAAGCAAUCUAAUCUGUCUAAUAAUGCUUUCCCCUCCAAUGUUUCCGCAUGCAGUAAGUUCUCUCCUAACCCUCUUACUCCUCACUCCAACCCCCAUAGCUCCGAUAAUGUAUCCUUAAACUCUGGUACGCCCGACCAAAAAUCCGAUCCUAAUUGCUUAAUGAAUACCCUUCCGUCUUAUAGCGUUCCCACUGAUACCACGGGCAGCUCCAUGAUGGAGUUUAAUUAUCUUCAAAGACGUGUGCGGAAAACUAGUUUCAACGAGGCCUCUGCAAAAAGCAAGAAACGUCCCAUUACUAGCACCCAUUUCCCCUCGAACGAUGUGGAUUUUUCUAUGAAUCUUGACUCCCAUCCUUUCAGCUCCCCUAAAAUUCACGCUUCUGAUUCUUUUGAUGCUACUAAAAAGUCUGUGGAUCACACUAGUUCUUCUUCAUUUCCGGCUUCCACUCCUAUCGAUUAUUUUGAUUCUCGACCUUCUUCCUCCUUGGCUGCCGGCCUUCAGUCUGUGCCCAUCCCUUCAGCCUCUGGUAUAGUAAAUCCGAUGAACCAACAUAUGAAUUCCACUACUGCUCCCGCUACCAGACAGUCCGAUAUAGAUGCUUUGGGUUUAGAUUUCGAUAUGACUCCUUCGGAACCCUCUUCGUCUUUUCAAGAUAACAAUGGUUUUCCGUCUUUUGUCGAUGCUGGAACAAACCACGACGAAUCAUUAUUUUCUUCCUCUGCUGCUACCUCUUUUAGUUUUGAACAUGGUCCUUCCAGUUUCCCUGUUCCAGGUAGUAUAUCCACAGGUUCCUUGCGUGGACAGGCUCCCUCCGAAGGGGGCUUUGGUACCUCUUAUAACAGCCAAAAUCUAUAUGGUAUCUCUUCCCCUUUGAGCGCGGGUGUGACACCCACUCAAUCUUUCUUUCCUGAGCCUGCUAAUAAUAAUAUGUUUGAGAUACCCAAACAAUCUGCUGACGUGUCUUCCCCUUUGACCUCGUCCCCAGGAUCUUUUCCUAAUAUGUCCUCUUUGCACAUGACGAGCUCUUUGCCUAAUUCCACUUCUCAUGCCGGUAUCCGUCGUUCUCCCAUGUUCCGUAGUGGGUCCAAUAGAUCGGUUGGUAACUUCGCUCAACCAGUUGACUUGAACCAAGACCAAAAUGAAUCUGUUGGCGGAUCCUUCCAACGCGGCAAUGAAUGGACCGGCGGUGAUUCCAAUGGUAUAGGCUUAAAUAACUCCUUACCAGGUUCCGAUAUGUUUUCUCCCCCAUUUAUGCGUAUAGGCACAGCCAUGGGUACUGCUCCUCUUCGCAACAAUUCCGUGUCUUCUUUCUCUCAUAACUACUUGCAUCAGUCGAGUCCACAAUUUGCUGCCGUGCCUCACCGGAAAGUAAAUACCCAAGAACCUAGUUUAAUGGGAUCAAGUCCUGGUAUUUACAACCACAUGCCUUACCUGAACCGCUCUACAUCUUCCACGUCUGUCGCCGGAACGCCGGUGGAAGGCAUGUCAACUGGCAUGAAAAAGCGUGCAUCUGCUACUGGUUCUGUUCCCAGUCUUCCUUUGUUAAAUCAAAACGGCGACCAAAUUUCGGAUUCAACUGUCAAAGAAAAGCCAAUGGAAGACAAAAAGGAGAAUAACCAGAAAGGUAUGUCUGGUACACCUACAUGCACAAACUGCCACACUCAUACUACUCCCUUAUGGCGCCGCAGUCCUGAUGGCCAGCCACUGUGCAAUGCAUGUGGCCUUUUUAUGAAAAUUAAUGGCGUGGUUCGUCCUUUGAGUCUGAAGACCGACGUAAUAAAGAAGAGAAACCGUGGUGCUGGAAGCAAUACUAGCGUUCCUGCUUCACGAUCUGCCACUCCCCGAAAAUCAGUACCGCGAAAAGGUGGUUAUAAACAAUCAACUUCAAGUAAACCCGCUACCAAAGAGGAAGCGAAAGCUAAACCAACUACCGGUCAAAAAAGUUAUUCCCCCAGUUUUACGCAACAACCCGGAAUUCACGAUGAUAGUCUGAUGAUGGACAGAAGGGCAUCGGUAGAAUCUCCAAUGAUGCAAGAUUCAUCUGUAAGACAGCCUUCGGCUAUGUUAUCUCCUGAAUUCACGCAGAAUUCUAGUGAAUUUGGGAUGCCGUUUAACAAGGGUAUGUCUUCUGCAAACCAUAUGCGUGAAUCCUCGAUAGAAAAAAUAAAGUCGGAAGCACCGCAGGCUGUAAAUUCACCCUUGUUUGAUACCUUUGAUACUGAUUUGGGGAUGCCUUCGAUUACUGACCCACAAACGAUGGGAGUGGAUGCUGCCGACUUGCACAGGGUUUCCAAGUCAUCAUGGGAUUGGUAUAGUGUCAUGUAA